AUGCAGCUGUAUUGCCUCGGUCUGCUGGUCGCUUCCUUCGUGUCUUCCAUUGGAGCACAGUCGACCUUCUCCCCUGCCCGUCCCCCGGCUAUACCACUCGCUGUUAGGUCACCGUACCUGAGCACUUGGCUCAACGUAGGAAGUGAUGGUGGGAAUGGCGGGUACUUGGCUGGUCAAUGGCCUGUCUUCUGGCAGAACCAGAUCAAUGGAUGGGCUGGUUUAAUCCGCGUUGACGGGAAUACCUAUACCUGGAUGGGCCUCCCGGGAUCUAAAACCGUCAAUCAGACCGCGUUUGAGUAUACCUCGACUAAGAGCGUCUUCACUAUGCACGUGGAGAAUAAGCUUGAAAUGAAGAUUAGUUUCUUGUCGCCUGUUACACCUACCGAUCUCAAGCGCCAGUCACUUGUUUUCUCCUAUCUCAAUGUCGAGGUCUCUUCCCUUGAUGGCCAGAAUCAUAAUGUGCAGGUCUACGCGGAUAUCUCUGCAGAAUGGGUAUCUGGUGACCGAAGUGCCAUCGCAGAAUGGGAGUAUGGUACCACUGACGGCGUGGCCUACCACAAGGUACACAGACAGUCUCAGCUGGCCUUUUCUCAAAAGAACGAGCAGGCCGAAUGGGGUAACUGGUACUGGGCCACCGAUGACUCAAAAGGCAUGACUUACCAAUCUGGCGUUGAUAACGAUGUCCGUGGUCAGUUCACAAAAAACGGAAAACUCACCAAUGGCCGCGAUACCAACUUCCGGGCUAUCUCCAACAGUUGGCCCGUAUUUGGGUUCUCAUCUGAUCUAGGCCCGGUCGGCUCUUCUCCCGCCAGCGUACUCUACUCACUCGGUCUGACACAAGAUGAAGCCAUUCAAUACGAGGGAAGUUCGGCGUAUGCCCCGGUACCGUCCUUGUGGAAGAGCUAUUUCAAUACAGAGUUGGCCGCUCUUUCAUUUUUCCACAAGGAUUAUAGCGAAUCAAGCAAACUUGCGGGCUCUUUCGAUAGCAGAGUGGCCCAAGACUCAAUUGCCACAGCUGGCCAAGACUACCUCACUCUUACUUCGCUUUCGGUUCGACAGGCAUUUGGUGCCACACAACUUUGUGGUACAAAGGACAAAAUGUAUCUCUUCCUGAAGGAAAUCUCUUCCGAUGGCAACAUGAACACCGUGGAUGUUGUCUUCCCAGCCUACCCGAUUUUCCUGUAUACCAACCCCGAACUCCUGAAGCUCGUUCUCACUCCUCUGUUUGAGAACCAGGAGGCUGGAAAGUACCCAAAUAGCUAUUCCAUGCAUGAUCUAGGCUCAUCUUACCCGAAUGCCACGGGUCACUCCGAUGGCAACGACGAGAAAAUGCCAUUAGAAGAGUGCGGAAAUAUGCUGAUUAUGUCUUUGGCUUACGCGCAGAAGUCGGGUGACUCUGGCUUUUUGAACGACCACUACCAUCUGCUCAAGCAGUGGACCAGUUAUUUGGUUCAGGACUCGCUUUACCCUGCAAAUCAGAUCUCUACGGACGACUUUGCUGGCUCCCUAGCCAAUCAAACCAACCUCGCACUCAAGGGCAUGAUCGGUAUUCAGGCCAUGGCAGUCAUUGCCAAACAGACUGGUCACACCGCCGAUGCUGCUAAUUAUUCGAGCAUUGCCAAAGACUACAUCAACCAGUGGCAGGACCUAGCUAUUGCGAAGGAUGCCAACCCGCCCCGAACAACUUUGUCGUACGGCAACACCGCUAGCCAUGGUCUGCUCUACAACCUCUUUGCCGAUGCCCAGCUGGGCCUGAAUCUUGUUCCACAGUCUGUCUAUCAGAUGCAGAGUAACUUCUAUCUAACUGUUGAUAACAAGUACGGUGUGCCCCUAGACACUCGCCACACAUAUACCAAAGGUGACUGGGAGUGCUUUGCAGCAGCGAUCAGUUCAGUCGACACUCGGGCUAUGUUUAUCAAGGAUCUCGCGACCUGGAUUAACGAGACACCGACUAACCGACCCCUGACUGAUCUGUACGACACUAUUUCGGGAAAUUACCCGCAAAAUACUUUCGUCGCUCGCCCCGUCAUGGGUGGUAGCUUUGCUCCUAUCCUCGUCCGCUAA